AGGUAAAAUUAUGUACAUAUUCGCUUCCUUGUUUUUUUCUGAAUUAUUUCUUUUUUUUCUUCGUGGUCCUCCGACAAUUAUUUUCUUUCCUGGACAAGGGCCCUUGAUUUUUCUUCGCCUUUCUCCAUAUUUUAUCAAUUUAUCUUCUGGGUUAUGCUUCUUGUUCCAGAAAGACUUCAUUUUUUUCACCAAAGAUGUCUGAUUUUACUGUUAAAGAUUCAAUCUUUUUAUUUUUUGAUGUAGGGUUUUGAACUAUGCUUACUUUUUUUUUUUUUUUUGAGAAAUACUAUGCUUACUUCCUCUGUAUUGUCUUUCACCCCUCUUUAAAAUCUCAAUUUUUUUUAAAAUUUUAAAUUUUAAAUUUUUUAACUUGGUCAUGUAAAUAGGUUUUGUUUCUUUUGUAUGGGGUUUGUUUUAGGUAGUUUCUCAACUUUCUACCAAUUUACUCUAUCUUUACAGAUUUGCAUGCUGUAUUUCCCCUUUCAGAAUUUCCCCUUUACUGCUGAUUACCUUACCGUGUUAACACUACUGAGAUAUAUUUUGUUAGAUGCAUGUGUGUACUGUGCUAAAAAAAAUCAAAUCUUUAUUUCACAUAAGCCCAUCCACAAUUUGUCAUUCAAUAUUAAAACUUUGUUUUGAGCGUUGCGCGUCACGUGUUCGAUCAAAUGCCCACACAGUGAAAAAGUGAAGAAAGCACCACGCGAAAAAGGAAAAGAAUGGAGGCCGAGGCAACGGUGCAACCACUUAUAAGCAUCGCACCGGCGGUUCAGAACAACAUAAACGCCAAAUUCAUAAUGCUCGACAAAGGGAGGACGACAGUGGAGUGGAAUACAAAGACGUGCCUUUCGCUGGUGGCCGACGACACGGCGGCGGUCCACUUCCAGCUGUGGGGCGACGAGUGCGAAGCUUUCGAGCCCGGCGACAUCCUUCUCUUGUCCAACGGAAUAUUCUCCUCCUCCUCCGGCCGCAGCAACAACAACCACCACCACGUGUUGAGAGCGGGUAAAAGAGGGAAGGCGGAGAAAGUUGGGGAGUUCGCCAUGGUUUUUGUGGAGACACCAAAUUUGAGCGAGAUACUGUGGGGUUCUGAUCCAAAAGAUUCCAGAAAGUAUGUGCAGCAGGCUGUGAUUUCUCCCUAUUCAACUAUUUUCCGGCCGGUUAUAUGAACCACUUUGUAUGUGUUGUUUGAUGAUUUUCUUAGCUUUUUUUUCUUUUUUAAUUUAUCGAAGUACUCAUCUUAUUUAAUUAAGGAUUUAAUGGAAAAACUUGUUGGACGAUAUAUAUAUGGUUAACUGUCACAUCCCGGGGGAAAAUUUAGGGUUUCCGAUGGCAACGAUUGAGGAAGAACAUGAGUUCUGUAUUUUAGUUACAAAAUAAUGAAAUAAAUUAUAUUAAAUUUCAAAAAAUAAGUGGAGAUGCGGGGGAUCGAACCCCACAUCCCCUGUUAUUUGUUUUU